GUUGCUCGGUGGAAGGGGACGGGUCCAAAUGGAACGUGGGCCUGGAGCGCGUGAGAGAGAAACCGAGCGACAACUGGAGCCGGGGUAGAGAGAAGUCCGGGGAGAGAGGGAGAGGGAGAGAGCGAGAAGUGGAGCCGGGGUAGAGAGAAGCCUGGGGAGAGAGGGAGAGAGCGAGAAGUGGAGCCGGGGUAGAGAGAAGCCCGGGAGGAGAGGGAGAGAGCGAGGAGCCCGGGGAAGGGGAGAGCCAAGCGGAGCCCGGCCACAGGGGUCUGUCGGCAGCGACUACAGAACCAUGGAGAGUCCUGGCACCAGCUGGCUCUACCCCACCGCCCUGCUGUGUGUCUGCGGCUUCUUCUCCAACGUCCGGCCAUCUGAACCUUUCCUGACUCUUUACCUUCUGGGACCGGAUAAAAACCUGACCGAGCAGCAAGUGAAUGAGAUUUUUCCAGUGUGGACUUACUCCUACCUAGUGCUGUUGUUUCCCAUCUUUCUUGCGACUGAUUAUCUCCGAUACAAGCCCGUCAUCGUGCUACAAGGUGUAGCUUUGAUCAUUACCUGGUUCAUGCUAUUGUAUGCCCAAGGACUGCUGGCAAUGAAGUUUCUAGAAUUUUUCUAUGGAUUGGUAACCGCAUCAGAGGUGGCUUAUUACUCCUAUAUCUACUCUGUAGUGGACUUUAAUAUGUACCAGAAAGUAACUGGAUAUUGUCGUUGUGCCACAUUGGUUGGGUACACAGUGGGAUCUGUUACAGGGCAAAUCUUGGUCUCAUUUACUGAGAUGUCCCUCUUCCACCUCAAUGUUAUUACCUUGGUUUGUGUAGCAGUUGCCUUUAUUACAUCGAUGUUUCUUCCAAUGCCACAAAAGAGCAUGUUCUUUCACAGAGUGAGAGGAGAUUGUAAUGGAAAGGAAAUCAAAGAUGAAUCUGUAAAGUCAUCGUCCGAAGAACUUGAAUCAACAUCAACAACGCCACUGAACUGUAGCCGUGAUGAUACUGAAAAUUUGAAACAUGUUCAUCUGCCAGAACCAAUGGAUAACACCUCAUACACCCAUGAAGUUAUGAAUAAAAAGCCACUCAAAGGUAUCUGUGUUGUUCUUACAAGGCUGUGGAAGACUUUCCUGCAGUGUUAUUCCUCUUGGCCACUACUCUGCUGGUCAGCAUGGUGGGCAUUGUCUACUUGUGGCUAUUUUCAAAUAUUGAAUUACAUUCAAAUCCUGUGGGAGAAAAUUCUUCCUUCUCAGAAUUCCCAAAUUUACAAUGGAGUGGUGGAAGCUGCAUCUGCAUUGUUGGGUGCUUUGGCAGCAUUUGUCAUAGGUUAUGUAAAGAUUUCAUCCAUCUGGAGUGAAGUUGCACUUCUCGUCUUUUCUUCUAUUAUUGCUGUUUCAGUGUUUCUGAUGAACACUGUCCGAAGCAUCUGGGUGUGCUACAUCUGUUACGUUGCUUUCAAAAUUAUCUACAUGAUGGUUAUAACUAUAGCAACGUACAAGAUUGCUGCAAAUUUAAGUGUGGAACUGUAUGCUUUGGUGUUCGGCGUAAAUACUUUUGUUGCCUUAGCCCUUCAGACUCUUUUGACCUUGAUUGUAGUCGAAUCUAGUAUGCUGAAUUUGGACAUACUCGGACAGUUUCUGGCUUACUCAAUUUACUUUGCAGCAGUAGCAGUGUUGUUCCUGAUCUUUGGUGUGUGCAACAUUAUAAAGAGAUACAGAGAAGAGUCACAAGCAACUGAAAACAUCUCUGGUUGUUUGGACAGCAGGAAUGAAGUGUCACCAAAGACGUCUUGUGAGCAGAUGUCAUGCUUGCAGUGAGGCUGACUAAAGACAACUUAAUAUGUGUAGUUGUAUGUGAUGUGAUUCAGUAACUAUAUUCAUUGAAGUAGAAUGAUCUAUUUUUCUACAGUGUCAUUAACCAGGAAUUUCCUCGGUCAUAACCUCAUGAGAAAUGCAGCAGACUCCCUGUUUUUACACAUGAAGGCUUCCACUGAAUUUGGAAGUUGCUGUGGUGGAGUGCAAGCAGUUUAUUGCUUCCUCUGUGUCAAUGGGUAAACUAAAAUAAAAAAAUAAAAUGAAAUGAAAAUGUCUACUGUUAGAUGUGAUUCCACGAAUUUGUAGCACUUAUUGAACAACCUUGAGUGUGCUAACAGCUACAGAAACUGAAGGCAACUUAUUUGAGAAAAUCUAUCCAAGUUUAGGAGCCUUGAACUCUAGUUCUAAAUUUGAGUAAUACUGUAUGAGAGUCAAAUGCAAAAGGGGAUGGGGGAGGGUAAAGAUUCUACCAGAGGAUUCUGGCUGAAAUCUAAAUAUUGAACCAUACUAAAGUUUUCACUUAAGCUGCUGAGUGCAACUAUUUAUAGAUACCAGCAUCUUGAUACUGAUUUGCUAUCUAUCAUUACAAUUUGUAAGCAUAUGUGUUAGACAUAAAUUAUGCUUUGAUACCGAUAUAUAUUUAUAGCCUCUGGUAAUGUGGAAAUAUAGUAUGAAAAAAAGCAUGUUCAGUAACAGUUACAAAUAAAAAAAUGUGAUGCUCAAAAUCACCCCCACCGGUUGCCUUACUUUUAUGAUGGUGCAUCUGUCUGCCUGGUUGUAGCAACAUUCUACAGAUGAACAGGCCAGGCCAAAAAAAAUAUACUUGAAGAUGGAAGAUUUGCAGGGCAUUUUGAGAGAACUGAAGCAAGAAUGAUGGGCUGAAUGGCCCUUUCUGUGCUGUAUCGUAUCUGAACAUAACUAAUGACAGCACAAAAUUUUAACAUAAAUAGUACCAGGUACUGAAGUAAAGUUAGUCUUUUAUGCAAGUCUGUUGCAAGUUAGUUUUGGGUACUGUUAGAAAACACUGGUGGUUUUAUGCCACAUGUAAUUUACUUGACCUGAUGCGAAUUAUGUACCAAAUACUGAUACUGGGGCGUGUGUGAUGGAAAUAUGCCAUGUGAUGAAGUGACUAAAUGUCUACUGAGACUUGC